ACAAAAAAAAAAAAAAAAAAGAAUUGUAUUGUAGGCUCGAUUGAUUUACACCAUGGAGAGAUGAGCAAGCGAGGAGGGAAACCGAAAAGCAGCGGGUCGGCGUCGCCGACAUCAUCGCCUGCGCCGGCGAAAUGCGAUGCGCUGCAGCGCGCUCUAAUCGAGUGCCAUCAUCGCAUUCAAGACGAACUGCAGCGCUCAAUCGCUUGCCGUCAUCUGAACCGUUCGCUUGCAGAGUGCCUUUUGUCUGCGUCCUGCCCGGAGGAAGCUGAGGCUGUUCGAUCGUUGUGCUCGAGAGGCACCUCCCUCAAGAGAUCUCAGUGCCGCGAUGCCCAACUUUCCCUCUCUGUCUGCCUCGCAUCUCGCCAGGAGCCCGAUUAGGAAAAUCCUAACCCUAACCAUUUUGCUACCGCGCUGAGAAAGGUUUCAUCAUGACAAAGAAGAGGUGUGGAAGAUAUCAAUGGGAUCUCGUUAGCUACGGGAUGGCUAGUGUGUGAAUCCCCGCUCUCGACAAUGAAGAAGAGAUACGGAAGAUGAGAUGGGAUUUGGCAAAUGAUCGGACCGACGAUGUGUGAAGAUUGGCAACAAAGAAGAUAUGAGGAAGUCAUGAGUGGAACUUGUAUAGGAGCACCAGGGAAGAGCAUUGAUGGGACUGAAGAGCUUGCAAAUCUCAUUGAGGAGUGACCGGGACAAGCUUUGACAAGACCAAACAACCUAUGAAGGGGAAGCUUUGAUGGAAAUUAAGCUAAGUGAUGAUUAUGUUUUUUUAUUCUUAUUUGAAGUCUCAAGUGUUAGAUGAGUAAAUUAUAAAGUUUGGUUGUUAAAUAUGUAAAUAGGAUAAUUUUAAGUAUUAUACAUAUGUAAAUCAUCCUAUCUUUAGUUAACAAUUGUGUAAAUAACAUUUCAGUUAGAUUU